GCAAUAUCAACAUUGUACAGACACUGCCUAGACCAGGCCUGGCACCCUACUCCCUUCCGAGAUGCUUCACUCGUGGCCUUACCAAAACCAGGAAAGAGAGACGCUGCCACUCUUCCCCGCCGACUCGCUCGCUCAGUUCUCCUGCCCGGAAGCCAAUCCAAUACGCUAUCGAACUGCCUCGGUUCUAUGCUGAAUAAAAUCAUCAAUUGUACUGCUUGAUGCAAGUACAACCGCAGGAAGCAUGCCUGAGCAGAAUCCGCCAGCAACGGACUGGGUAUACAUGGCAAGAUUGGGAUUUGAUGCGAGAUAGGUCCGAAGUUGGUUUACGCAUAGACACACUCCCUUCUUUCCUACAUGCGAUGUGCUCGAAGAGGAACAAUUGCACAUAUUGCAGGCAUCGGGAGCUACAGUGGUGCCCCCAACGCGGGGAUAUUUUGUUCCUCGAAAGCGGCGAUUUCAAUUGCCUUGGAGGCUUUACAGCAGGAAGUGAUUUCAUUCGGGGUCCGGGUUUGUUUGGUCCAACUCGGCCAUUUCCGGACGCUCAUUCGUAGGGUAUUUGAUACGUUCGAUGGUACUCAACAAGGUGAUCCUGAGAAGGGCGUACGUGUGAUUAUCGAGGCGUUGACAAAAGAGGCGAAGGAGGUGCCGUUUCUCUUGCCAGUUGGACCGGAUGUGCCAGAGGCAGAGUGGAAAGCUCAUAAGGGACGAGCUGAGCAGAUGCAGGCUGUACACAAAAACUGUUCAUUUUCAUGUACAUUUUUGUUUUCCACAAAUGUAACUACAGGAACGGGGAAUUUUUCAUCUAUUCUUAACUACCUCAAACUAUGUGGCUCAUGCUAUUGGUAUAUUUGAGCAAAUAAUGUAAUGCUGUGCGGCCUUUGCGAAUUGAUCCUGGAAAGCCAGAGAAAAGCC